AAAUAUCUAUGAUCCCGUUGUGCUUCGUCUCCCGUAUGGUGUGUCUUAUCUUGCACGGAAAAGAUUGAACAUUUUCUGUUUGGGAUUAUCACGUUGUGGAAGGAGAUCUCAUGUUUUCCGAGUAUACUGCUUAGUGUUUAUUUGUGUUUACAGCCAAAGGAUAAACAGAACAGUUUGGCAAGAAAGCUGAUGAGAUGCAGUUGCUUGCGAUUUGUCUGCUUUGUGUAACCGGGGCUUCAGCGGUUCUCAGGCUCGGGGAAACGAAUGUGUGCGAGAGGCCUGAAAGUGUAAACGUAUACGAGAUCCAGAAAGUCGAUGUUCCUCACCGAAUCUGUACCCACACCUGGUGUCUGGCCUUCCCCCCUAGAUGUGAAGUGUGUCACACCGAGAUAACGAUCAAGUAUAAGAAGGUAUCUGUACAGAAAAUCAGCAAAGUGCCUGUAUGUUGCCAUGGGUACAAAGAGAAAGACAACUCUUGCAUUCCUGUUUGCCAACAAGGCUGCGAUCACGGGCGCUGCAUCGCAAUCAACAUCUGUCACUGUGAUGCCGGAUGGAGAGGAACAAGUUGUUCUUCCAAUUGUGCUGUGGGCAGCUGGGGCGAGAACUGCAACUUGGUGUGUAACUGUAGCGGCCACGGCACGUGCGACCCCAGAUCAGGCAUCUGCACAUGCGCACCAGGCUGGACCGGCGAGCAUUGUCAGACUAAGUGUGCACAGGGGACUUACGGCAGGAACUGUCAGAUGCACUGCGCAUGUCACAAUGGCGCCACCUGUGAUCACGUGAAUGGCGCGUGUCACUGCCCGGCUGGCUUUAUCGGAAACUUGUGCCACCUGACAUGUCCGGCAAAUACCCAUGGCGACGACUGUCAACAAACAUGCGACUGUCAGAACGAGGCUCUUUGCAGCAACAUUGACGGCAGUUGCCAGUGUACGGCUGGGUGGACGGGUUCCAAGUGCAAUAUCCCGUGUGGUCACUUGAAGUACGGGCCGAACUGUGCCAGGCAUUGCAACUGCUACAACAACGCCACAUGCGACAGUGUAAGCGGCACGUGUCGAUGCGGGGACGGCUAUCUGGGAGCAAGAUGUGACGGUCAGUGCGAGCCAGGUUAUUACGGAGCCAGCUGUACGUCUACCUGUAAUUGUCUUCACGGCGCCACCUGUUCCCCCUUCACGGGGGCCUGCAUCUGUCCUCAUGGCUACACCGGGCAACAGUGUCAGAGGCGAGCAUGCUCCUAUGAUCGCUACGGCCAGAAUUGUAACGGCGUCUGCACGUGCGAGCAGGCGAAUACCCGGGAAUGUGAUGCCAGUACUGGAACGUGCCACUGUAAGACGGGGUGGACAGGUGGGAACUGCACCAACCCAUGCCCCCUCUUGUACUUCGGCGAUGGAUGCUCCAAACGUUGCGCAUGCGCAAACAACGCUGGCUGUGACCGAGUGACCGGUGCAUGCCAAUGUCCGUCAGGAUUUAAAGGUUCGAAGUGUGAUGCUCCAUGCGAGGCUGGCAUGUGGGGUUUCAAUUGUCUGCAGCAGUGCUCGUGCAUCAACGCUAAGAGAUGUCUUGCACACAACGGCCAGUGUAUAUGCACAAGAGGUUGGACGGGAAUCAGAUGUCAAGACCGCUGCCCUGUUGACAAGUUCGGCGAAAACUGCAGCCAAACGUGUUCCUGUCUCAACAACGCCGAAUGUAACCCAGGCAACGGCACGUGCAUUUGUUCCCGUGGUUACCGGGGUGCCAGGUGUGAACUACCAUGUCAGGAGGGUACAUUUGGAUUCAGCUGCCGCCAGUCGUGUGCCUGUAGCUCUUCACAUACGGCGUCUUGUGACCCAAUCACUGGUUCCUGCAACUGCAAGGAUGGGUGGAGAGGGGUCAGGUGCGACACACGGUGUCCAGUGAACAGAUGGGGAUCAGGCUGCACCCAGACAUGCCAGUGUGUCAACGGAGGCACGUGCAAGGCUAAUGGCGACUGCGAUUGCCCAGCGGGAAAAACGGGGACAACGUGCUCAGACGUGUGUCCAAGGGGAACCUAUGGACCCAACUGUGUGUCCCAAUGCAGCUGCUCGGUGACCAAUCAAGCGUGUGACCCAGUUACUGGACAAUGUCCGUGCGACCCUGGUUACAGGGGCUACCUCUGCGAAGAAGUGUGUCCGGUCGGAACAUACGGGGAAAAAUGCAGGGGGCGCUGUCAACCGUGUCGCUUUGGCACGUGCAGCCACGUGAGCGGCACCUGCGACUGUUACCCCGGCUACAACGGCACAACGUGUGAAGAUAGAUGCACUGCGGGACAAUAUGGCGACAACUGUGCCUUCAAGUGUAAUUGUUUGAACGGGGCUCAUUGUCGGGCAACUGAUGGGAUGUGCGAGUGUACGGCUGGGUUCACCGGCAGGGACUGUGGACAAGCAUGUACGGACGGUUACUUUGGGCGAAACUGUCGCAACCACUGCUUCUGUGAUGCGGGGCAAAUCUGUGAUAGGUUCAAAGGAUGUUUAGCGGGGCCUGUGGAGGCUCCUCUCAAUAACAACAACAACAACAACAACAACAACAACAAUGACGUCAAGAAAAACGGCGACGGCCAGAGCAACGUUCAGGCCCCCGUACCGUCGACAUCAACGCCUACAGAGAACGGUGGCAUGAACCCCCUUGUGUUGGCUAUCAUCGCUGUGGCUAUCGGUCUGGUCAUUGUGGUCAUUGUGCUGGUCCUCUUCUUCAUGAGGAGGAUGCGAAAACUCAAGAGAGACACAAUGACGGCCAUUUACGACAACGGGCCAGCUGUCAAUGGCGGACCGGUGGUAGGCAUUGAUAACCCGAUGUACGCAGAUACCUUUUCCACGCCAUCGGCCAUGCACGGUCACUCAAACAUCCAACCUAACAUCCCGCCAAACAUCCAACCACAGCCCCGAAUACCCACUCGGAUCAACAACCUCGGGGCUGGUGCCAGCGCCUCCAAUGACCUAGCGGUCAAAUCUGUCAACCUCAAUGGGCCGACAACUCCUAAACUUCCGGUUGCUGAAGACUACGACUCGGAUACAGAUUCCAUUGACCGGAUAAAGUUAUCAAACGCAGAGGUCGCAGAAAUCUGUAUGCCCGGAUUUUACAGCGAAGCUUUCGACCACUACGACCCACCACGACGCCAAUCUCUUCGGCCAUCUGGACCAAGAUGGUAGCGACAGUGAAAACCCCCAUUAUCAAAACUUGGUCAACGCAGAGCAUCAGAUUGCGGUGAAUGAAUUCGAAAACAGCUCCCAUGCAUAAUAUUCACAGCCAUACACACCUUCACAUACCCACUUCCGCGAUUUGUUCAUCUAUUGAAAUAGGUUUAUAUUUAUGACAUAACUGUUUUGAUUAUUUGGGUAUAUUUAUGGUUUUGAAAUGGGAAAUGUUUCACAAAGUGAUGUCAGCGUUACGACUGGUUUACCUACAUACUUACACCUUCACAUACAAUAUAACAGUCCUACCAUUAACAUAACCUUUGAAAUAUUCACCACCGAGUGUGCGUUUAAAAACAAACAAAUCAAUAAAUUGAAAACUUAAUUGAAAAACGCUGAACUGUUUCUUUGUAAGCUAAGUAAAUAUUACCUUUUUAUAAGUGUCAAAUUAAUUAUAAUUAUUCACUAUUAUAGAAACUGAACUGGAUGAACAUGUUUGCAUUUUAAAUGUAUUGUUCACCCAAAGAGACAUUACAUUACAUAAUGUACAUAAAUUAUUAAAUAUAUGUAUGUGUGCGACUGUUUGUGAAUAGACGUAAAUGACCGGCUUCCUAUAUUGUCAGUGUGUGUAUCAUGUACAUAGUAAUUUCAGAGAGGAGAUUAUGUCUUUCAAUAAAACAACUGUAUUGUCGGUA